AGAGAGGGAGGGGGGAGCAAACGCAUCCACGUUGUAUCUUAAUUGAAACCGCUGAAGCCUAAGUAUCGAUCUUUUUAGAUUGGUAUCGAUUGAUACAACGUUGGCAUCGAUAUUAUCGAUAUUUGGAUCGAUCCGCCCGCCACUAUUACUAACAAAAGUGUAUGAAAACAAGGUGGCUGUUUAGCAUUAUACAGUUAGCUAUAGUUAGCUAAGAAGAAAACUGAUAAAACCAAGAAAAAUAAGAAGACUUGAUAAAGACAAGCCGGUCAUCAUGAUGAAAUAAGCUGACUAAUGGCCGACUAAGAAGCAUCUUCUGCAGAAGAAGAUCCCGAGACAGCGGGUGACAAUGCCUCCUUCCAUUUCCUCCUCUUCUUGGGUGGUGGCUCUGCUCUUGACUUGAAGGGCUUGGUGGAUCGAGGCUUUUGGCUAUGAGACGGCGAGAAGGGGGCAGCUGUUAAGCCCAACAAGGUCUUCACCUGAAAACUCCUGUAAAACACACCAAAAGAUGACAUCACCGCCAGAAACAGCACUCAACCCAUGGAGUUACCUUGGCUUGAUCGUAGCCGAGCUGCGGUCAUAGGCCCAAGAGGCUGCGGGCUGUGCUGCUGGAGCCAGCGCGUCCGCAAAGCUGGAGCUCGGGUAGUUCCUGUCCAUCAUCCGGUGAACGGCUCACUUCCCCGGCGGAGCUUCGUGGAGCGGCGGACACACAUCUUAGCAGCUGCUCACCGGCGGUCCGGUUAGAGCGGUGCACUGCACGAUAUCAAUCUCCUCUCUCUGGGAGAUUAACCCUGGAUGGCAUGGAUGAGAGGUGAAAUUGAUCUUCAGGAGAGGUUAUCUGAUUAAGCUGCAUGGACCACCAUUGUAGGUCCGUUCAACCCGGAAACACCAUCAGUGUCAGAGGCCAGCGGCCCUCCAAUGUACCCCCACUGGCCUCUGUGCCGAGUGGGAUCCUGCCUGUUAUUACAAUGGCGGGGUCGCAGGGUGAUGGAGGUGAGUGGGGUGAAAAGGGCUCAUGGCAAACUGCCCAAUCAGGGUCCUGCAAGAUAAAUGACUGCGUAUUAAGAGGCAGUCUAUCCCUGGUGUCCGCCAGCCUAAGCAUUGUGCCUGCCUCCACCGCCUCUGAAAAAUCCCCUCGCUCAGGCUAAUCUAUCAGCCAGUGACCUUGUCAGGAUGCGUUGCAUGAGUUACCUCCCUGCUUCCUGAGAGUUCUCUUCAGUAAAAGACGGGAGACCCUUUCAACUUGUGCAGUGGGUGUCCUAGGUUCGUAUGAACUUACCAUUGAAAAACAGUACCUCAAACUGAUGUGAGCAGAAGUGAUACGAUAGCGUGUCAGGGAAAAGCAGCAAUAAUAGGUAAGAUGACAUUUGUCAAUAUAUCUUACCUUAUCUUAUCUAAAAGCAGAUUUUCUUUGGAGCUAUAUUAGCCUGUGCAGGUGUACCUAAUGAAGUGACCAGUGUGUGCAGACGUGGUACUCAUGGCGGUGAGGGUGUUAUCUCUCUCCUGUUGUCGCAAACAAUGUGUUACGGGAAAGAAGAAGCAAUGUCAGGCGUUUGGUUGCGUUUAAGUUGUAACCUCGUAGAAGAGGACACAGAGGACAAAGGGGAAAACAGUCUUUCUUUAGCGUCUUAUCUGCAUACUGAAGGCCAAAACACCACCUGCAGAAUUGCCUGAGUGAUAUGGCUUAAAAGUAAUGACUUGUGUGUUUUUUUUAAAUGCCAGCGUCAUGUUUUUGUCCUUGUAAAAAAAGAAAGAUUGUACGUGUCUUGCAAUGCAUCAAAACAGAUUUGUGUCCAAAUGAAAAAACAAGUAAUGGGUUUUUCACGUGUCCCUGCCAUGCAGGUCACGUAUCUGUGUAGUUUAUCAUGUGGCUUUUCGGGCCGAGACAAAACCUUCUCAAAUUCCCUCAUGGCGCUGGAGAAAGUAUUCCUCUUGUGUGUUUCUUGUUAAGGGUCACGGCAAGUAGUGACCGUUUGCCUUCCUCUCCACUCUCAUGUUGUUUUAAACCCAGAGUUAACCACAGAGUGAUCUGUAGACGAAUGGCCGUAUUUGGGGACCGCCAUCCGUCACGUAGGCUGAAAGGCUUGUUUUCUCUCAGACCCGUCACCUCUGAUGAAUCCUCGCUAAAGACUCUGCCGGGGAAGGUACGGCCAAGCGUUGGACUUGGCUUAACGGCACAAGAUUGUGCCACAACCUUUAGUACUUGUAGCGCGUUAUUUACAAUCUAUGUUUGUUUGUCGUGGGUGGACUAUGGAAGUUUCACCAAUUGUUUAGGGAGAAAUAAUUUAAUCUGCUUCCAUUUUUAAGUCAGCUAUGUGGACAUCCUCUGAAUGUCUGGCUGUUCUUCUGGGAGAUGACUUAGCCUCUGUACUACUUCCCAGAAUAGAUGAAGUCAGAGAGCAUUUCAUCUUCUCCAGAAUCAUAAAACACACAAGUAGUUGGACUUAAUUUAAGAAUACAAUAUAUGGACAAGAACGUAUUGAGCCAUAAUUCUCAAUUUAUUCAUCAACUAGACCCUUUUAGUCCUGCCCAAUACUUCACCUUACAAAGACAUCUGAGAUAUUUCUAUGCUUCCAACUUUGUAUGAACACUUUGGGGAAGGUCAUUUCCAAACAAGACACAUAAAGGCAUAAUUGGAUGCAUCUGGCGUAGAAUAAUGGACACAAAUUCCCACAGAAAGUCUUCAUAGAAGAGUGGAAACUGUUAUGAAAGGCAGGACCAACACCGUUUUAUUGUAUUGACCCGAAUAUAAGACAACUCUUUGGUUUAGAACAAAUUUAAAGAUGAAAGGAUAACAACCGGGGCUGCACAGCGGAUGAGUGGUUAGCGCGCAGACCACACAGCUAGGUGACCCGAGUUCCAUUCCACCCUUGGGCAUCUCUGUGUGGAGUUUGCAUGUUCUCCCUGUGGGUUUUCUCUGGGUACUCCGGCUUCCUCCCACAUUCCCAAAAACAUGCUAGGUUAAUUGGCCACUCCAAAUUGUCCAUAGGUGUGAAUGUGAGUAUGAAUGUUUGUUUGUCUAUAUGUGCCCUGUGAUUGGCUGGCGACCAGUCCAGGGAGUACCCCGCCUCUCGCCUGAAGACAGCUGGGAUAGGCUCCAGCAGAAAAUGAAAGAAUGAAGGAUAACAACGAGUAGAUUGUUUUAGCUGACAAGGUUUGAUGAGCCCUGCAAUUGGCUGGUGACUAGUCCAGUGUAUUGCGCCGUUCACCCAAAGUCAGCUUUGAUAGGAUCCAUCAUACCCACACAACCCAAAUGGAGAUUAAGCAACAUAGAAAAUGAAUGAAUGAAUGUUCGAUGACUCCAAUAGGAACACCAAUAGGACAUUGCAUGGAUAUAAAAAAUGGAUAUAUAGUGUGUGAUUAUUGUAUCAUGACAUCUUGCUUAUUUUGCAUCGGGGAGUUACUAGAAUGGCAGUCUGAAUUUUGACGGUAUCCUUCUUUUCACUGCAUCUUUGUGAUGUCACACCACCCAGUCCCCCCAACACCACACCAAGUCCCUCACAAUUUAUACUAUAUUGACAUUUUUUCACUGGAAUUGGAGAGGAAUAUUCCAGAUAGUGAUGAGGACGGGAGUGGGUCCAUACUCACUGUCUUCUAACUUGAAUUUGCACUACUCGUUGAUGUUAUCAAGAGGUGGUGGAUUUGGAAAGAUCCUUCACGGGCAGGGGAAUUUUGCCGAAUACAUCAUUUUGAGGUCUGAGUUGUAUGGAGAGUAAGAAAUAGAUUACUUCAGUUCAGUUUAGUGCAAAAUGAAUACGUUUGUAGUAAUAAGUAUCUUUUAAGAUGUGUUAUGAGUUAUUAGGUUGAACGUUUUUGCUUUACACUGAGCCUUUUUAGCAAUUUAAUUAAUUUGUGUUUAAGUUUAUAUGUACUAUGUGCCGCGGACCAAUAUGAAGCAACCUGCGAGCCACAGAUGGCCCACGGCCCUAACCUUCAAGACCCCUUGCUUCGGAGGUAUCCCUCACUGGAAUUCCGUCCUUCUUUUUGGAUUCUCUCUCAAACCUCCAAUGCUGACCGAACCGUGCGGAGCCAUGUCGAUGCCGGGCUCCGAUGUCCGCGAUCUGACUCUCCUGACUCCAGGACCGCCGGUGCCCUCCUUAAGUGGAGCUGCCGGGGGCUGCGGCCAGUGGACACAACUGUUGGACCUCCAUCCUGGCUCUCCCUACAACUCCCUGUCCUCUCACCACUCCCUCAUCAAGCAGGAGCCCAGCUGGGGUGCUGCAGACCCUAUUGAGGAUCCCCACUGUGGACUCGGGGCCUUCACAGUGCACUUCUCUGGACAGUUUACAGGUUCAGGCCCUUGCCGGGUCGGGGCCUUUGGAGAGCCAACACCAGGCCAGUCUAGGGUUUUUCCCAGUGGGACCUACCUCCCCAGUUGUGUGGAGAGCCCCCCAGCACCCAGGAACCAAGGUUAUGGUGCAAUGGGCUUAGAUGGGAACCCCAGUUACGCUCACACAGCGUCUCACCACACCCCUCAGCUGUCCAGCCUGUCCUUUAAACACGAAGAUGCACUAUCGCCGCCAAACAACAUCGUUGAGCAACAAUACCCCUCUCCACCUACUAUGUUUGGGUGCCACAAUUCUGCAGAAUCGUGUCCGAGCAACCAAGCACUGCUGCUGAGAAACUACAACAGUGAUAACCUGUACCAAAUGGCAUCUCAGCUGGAAUGUGUCACGUGGAACCAGAUGAACUCACUUGCAUCUUCGAUGAAGAGUAGCCAUUCACCCAGCAUUGAAAGCGAUCAUACAGUCCCACCCCCUCCCAUGGUAGUCAGCGCCCAGUACCACAUUCACACACAUGGCGUCUUCAGAGGACUUCAGGAUGUCAGACGGGUUCCUAGUCUUGCUCCGCCUGUUGUGAAGUCAUCAGAGCCCGAAACCCAGAAGCGUCCUUUUGUGUGCACCCAUCCUGGCUGCAACAAGAAGUACUUCAAACUAUCACAUCUGCAGUUGCAUGGCCGCACACACUCAGGGGAGAAGCCGUACCAGUGUGAUUUUACAGACUGCGGACGCGGAUUCUCUCGCUCAGACCAGCUGAAGAGACACCAACGCAGACAUACGGGAGUGAAGCCCUUCGAGUGCGAGACAUGUCAGCGAAAGUUUGCACGGUCAGACCACCUUAAGACUCACAUUCGGACUCAUACAGGUGAGAAGCCCUUCACCUGCCGCUGGUCCAACUGUCAGAAGAAGUUUGCCCGCUCCGACGAGUUGGUGCGCCACCACAGCAUGCACCAGAGGAACCUGACCAAGCUGCAGCCGGCCAUCUGAGAAGACGAGGACAAAGAGGAAGGCGCCAGCCAAAGAGAAGAGAGAGGCUUGGAGCCAGGUCGGAGGUCAUGGUGCCUUGCCAAAUGUGCAUAAGUGGAGAGCACAGCUGAUGUCCUCACGCCCCCACAAGAUGCACUCUUUUUGGAUCAUUUCCACUCAGAGGUUGUUAGAACUGAGCCCAGGAAAAGAUGUUUGAUUACACUGUUGUUUUGUUUUCUGCUAGAAAAUGUGCUAAACUGGAUUUAGGAAAUUGACAACAGAAUGUAAAUACACACAAUGCACACCUAAUAACUUUGUACAUACUGUAUACAUGCUUCCUUUUAUACACAUUCCUUUUGUAUGUUGCGUUUUUUUGUAAGUCUAUAAAUGUGAUCUACGUCACCGCUAAGUGUGUGUCAGCUUAUAAGAGGCCACCUAUGAGUGCUGAUGGGGGCGGGUGACAGGUAGUAAAACAGCAUCCCACUGAAGGGGUGCAGGUCUCGCCCUCUUAAAUCUAAGACGCACAUCUUCAUAACGGGAAACAUCUGGAGCUUAAUAAAUCUCAUUU